CAAACACAGACGUGGGAACGAAUGAUCGAUGCCAGUGGUGUAAAAUUUCAAACUUUGUUAUGUUGCUUAAACACCUAGUCUUCCUGGCCAACUUGACUUCACCACAGGAAUGUUUAAGCCGAGGUCUCAUCUGCGUCCAGCGAGAUCUCUUUUAUCGAUAUGACCGCGACUCAUCGGCUCACGCUUCAUCUCCCUAGAUGCCAUCAAAAGGCUCACUUCAUUACCGUAUGAAGGCGUAAAGGAAUCUAGAAACAAUCGUUUCAAUGGACACAUCCACGGAUUAUUUCUCUCUUGACUUACAAUUUCGAGGGUUUAUCACAGGUUCGGUAAUCAGAGACAAGUCUUCCGGUAAGGAGUUGUGUCGAUAUUUUGGAGGCGUUCCAUACGGGCUCCCCCCUGUGGGCCCAUUUCGCUUUCUUCAGCCUCGACCACUGCCUCCGUGUUACAGAUACGGUACGAAAGCAAGCCCUGGCAUCUUCACAGGACAAUGCAGCGUUUGCCCACAGGCUCGUCCAUCAAAGUACGACGAUGAAGACUGUCUGCAACUGAACAUAUAUGUGCCUUGUGGAAAUCCACCAGAUGAAGGAUGGCCUGUAUUGUUCUACAUACGUGAGCGAGAUGGAAAUCCGGUCUUCUCGGAAUCGAACUAAAGUCUGUCAGAUGGGGGAUUUCUCCAGUUCGGUAGUGCCAACGACGUCAACCCCGUAGCACUGCUAUCAGAGACAUCAUUCAAAGCCAUCAUGGUGAUGCCGGCAUACCGCCUGAACGUUUACGGCUUUUUGGCAUCACAUGAGUUGCUCCACGAACCGAGUAACCGAUCAGGGACGGUCGGCAACCUAGGAUUUUGGGAUCAGCGCCUUGCUUUGCAUUGGACGUACACAAACAUAAGCUAUUUCAAUGGUAACCCCGCCAACAUCACCGUCGCCGGCUACUCUGCCGGAGCACAUUCAGUAUUUUAUCAGCUUGCCUACGACAUCGACUACCCGCCCGAGAAGCGUAUCAUCAAGCGCGUAUGUAUGCUCGCUAACGGACCCGGGGUACAACCUAAGUCAUUAGAUGAGGCUCAGGCGCAGUUUGACGAGCUACUUGAGGCCCUUCACAUCUCGAGCUCAUUGCCGGCGCAUGAGAAGCUGAGACUGCUACGUGAGACGAGUCAAGCAGUUCUGAGAAAAGCCAUCAGCAAACUGAGGCUGCACGAGUUUCGCGCCGUGACCGACGGACAUUUCGUAAGACAAGUCUUGUUCAAAGAGCUAGACGACGGAACGUUUGCUCGGAAACUGCUCCAAUCGAAUGUCCAGAUUUGGGUUGGCGAGUCAAUGAACGAACACUUUGUGUACGCCAUGCACAGACGUCCGAAGAACGGUGCAGACGCUUUACAUCGUCGCUUUCUAGCUGACUAUCCCCGCUGGGCUGUGGACGUUCUCAGGGAAAGGUACAUGACAAACGGCCAGCUGCCACAGGGCGUCAAAUCCUGGGGUGAGCUCUUUGGACGCAUCUACGCAGAUAUGCAAGUUCACGUUACAGAACGCGGACUGGUCGACGCUCUUGUCCGAGGCGGCGCCGGGCACCUCAUCUACAGAUACCGAAUCGAAUGGCGCAGCGAGGUCUCAUGGGCGCAGAAACACCACGGCGCCACGCACUGGGCCGAUGAUGUCAUUUGGUUCUUUGGAAACGGGAGGAAGUUACCGGCGGAGGAGAAAAGGAUCGUCGCGGAGGCUUUCAUUGACGAGUACGCAAAAUUUGUAAAAGGCGACGAGCUAGACUGGCGCGCCCGCGGCUCGCUUGAAGUGAGGAGACUGCGGAGCGACGGCGCGAUCGACGUGUGGACGGAUGAAUGGUGGGCAAACAAGCUGGACAUCUGGCGGCAACUGCAAAAGGCAUGUUCAGAACAAUCUUUCGCGAAACCGACCCCGAACCUGUGAAGUGCGCAUGCAACGUUAGGAGGACGAUGAGACAGGCAAAUUCGCUCGGAAUCGUUCGUGGGAACAACCUAGCUGAGACCAAGCGCUUCUUCUGGCUCACAUCCUAUCGAGCCGUUCCUAUAUUAAGUCAUGUAUCACAAGAGCACAGAAUUGCUCGACUCCCUACCCCUUAGUGUACGAAGCUUCUGUUUUCUUAAUACCUUGCUUAGAACAUAAAGCCGGUUUUCCUUUCA